AGCCCUCAAACCAGGGAUUAUAUAUUCUCGAAGAGGCAGAGGCGAAAAGGAGCAGCAGCCGCGGCGCGCACGCACGCACUCACGCACGCCCAGCUUAAGCACCUGAUACGAAGACAUGGAGGGGUUGCUAAGCGGCGCCUGCGCGCGCCUCCCGGCUGCGCUCCUCCUCCUCCUCCUCAUCUCCCACCUGAGGCUGAGCUCCGGCGCGUGCCCGUGCGAGGACCCCGCGCUCUGCAACCCCAUCUCCGGAGCCAGGGACUUCGAGGUGCGCAAGCGCCAAACAACCUCUUAGGCGUGGGGAGGGGGAGAGAGGAGAGGAGGGCGCGGUUGCUUGGUGAGAGCACGUGACGCUCCUCUCAGCCAAUCCUCGACGGUGUUGGUGAGGGUGGGGAGAGAGAUCGGGAGGUGGUGGUAACUUGGAAGGUUGUUCCUGUCAGGGGUGGUGAGGAAGCCUCGCCAGACGUUGCUGAACUACAAAGUCCCGUCCCAUCCCCAGCAAGCAUAGCCAAUGGCUAGGGACGACGGGAGGUGGUUGUUCAGCAACACCUGGACCAGGGUUUCCCCGAACUUGGGUCCCCAGCUGGUUUUGGACUACAGUUCCCAUCAUCCCUGACCAAUGGUCCUACUAGCUAGGGUUGAUGGGAGUUGUAGUCCAAAAAACCAAACAGCUGGAGACACAACUUGGAGAAACACUGAUCUGGAAGGCUGAAGCUUCCAUACAUAUCCCGCAGUGCUUGCUAAGUCCGCCAUGCCCUCUCCAUAGGCAGAGAUUCAGCAACUGCAAGUUUUCUGCACCACACAGAAAGCUUCACCUGUUGGGUUUCUGCUUUUCAUGCAGUUGCUGAAGGCACUGGUGUCCUCUCAAGGAAGGCACAAAACCUGAAUAUUCUUUGGGGGCUUAUAUGUAACUCUGGGCUUCCCCUUGUUGAAAACUGAUUGGCACUGCCCUCUGUGGCCAAAACACUAGGAGAAUGAGUUAAAACAGAGGCUAUGCAGUGGGAAAAGAGAAUCGAAGGAAACAACCGUUUCCUGUUGUGGCUCUAGCCAUGUGAAAGUCAAGAGUUUCCUACACACAAUUUCUUUAUGUAGGUAAGCAGGAGGCAUUAUCAGAGCUCAAGGACACAUCCCACCUACGCAAAAGCAGCAGUGGAAGGCAUGAAGUAGGUCUAGCGAGGAGAGAAUAUAUAUCCUAGAGAGAAAGCCUGGCUUGGGCAAAGGACUGAGGGCCAGAUAGAAAGAUAUUGAGGGUCACAUUUAGCUCCUGGGCUUAAGGUUCGUUAUCUCUGCUGUGCAUAAUAAAUAUAUAGCCAUCAUGGCUGGUGGCAAUGGAUAGCCUUAUCCUUCAUGAAUUUGUCUCAUCUCCCAUUUUAAGCUGUCCAAGGUGCAAUCUACUCACAUAUUUUUAAAAUGCUGUGAAAAUGCUUUUUUAAAAAACGUUUUGAAAAAUACAUUGAAUUUGGCAUAGCUCACUGUCACCACCUAGUGUCACAUCUGUAUAUUGCACUUUACAACACAUUUAAAACAUUUUAUUUUCAGCUGUAUAAGCUGAGUCCCAAGUUGCAAUGCAUAGAUUGCAAUCUUGUGCAUAAUUAAACCUGUUUGGAUCCAUAGAUUUCAAGGGGCUUAGGUGUAUCUUGUCCUCCGUUGAAAUGUAUACAGGACUGUUUUAUUUAUUUUUCAUUUGAACAUCCUCUGUUUUUACCACAACACUGCUGAACCGUAAUAGUCCCUUUUACUGAGAAAAUUUGUCUGAGGCAGAUAUGUAUCUGAGGAAAUGAAACCAAUGUGCCCUGCCCCUUCAGGCAUGCUUCUAAUUGUUAAAAUGCUCAAAUUAGAUGGGAAGUGCAUCUCACCUACUUAUCUGAAAGUUAACUCCCAAAUGUAUUGUCUCCUGCUUCCCAGGGAUAAUUGGUUGAGCCCUGGAAAAUCCUCACCAACUUAUAUUACAAGAUGUUCUGUGGGUUGCUGCCUAGAAGUGGUUUAAUUAAUGAUACCCAUCUUUGUGCUUCACAUUAGUCAGUAAACCUUGAAUUUUAGCUAAUCUCUUUAAAGAUAAUACUUAUUUGAAAGGAUAAAUGUUUAUCAUGAGAUCCCAUAAUUUAGCGAACUAUCUUAUUUGAUCCAUACAAAGAUUAAGUCUCUUUAGAGCCAUCGUUUUUUGACAAUCUACUUCAUGAAUUAGGAACACUACUAGCAUUUGACUAUGAGAGCCUAUUGUGGGAGCUACACUGAUGACCUAUGAGGGCUUUCGUGUUUUUUUCUGGUCCUUAUCUCUUUGUGUUGCACCUGCCUUUAGAGUUUUAAGGCACUGGGUGCAAAUUAUUUUAUUUACCUGUACAUUUAAUGGUGUUCAGUAGGUUUAGCUGAGUUGUGUCGCUGCUGUUGCCACUGGCUUUUAAUUUUUGAUUAUCAUGUAACUUAAGUGUUGGUGGGCUUAAAUACAGACGAUUUUUGUGCUUAUAGUGUUGUAAGCCACCUUGAGGAUUUCUGUUGAACAAUUGAUAGAACUCUAUUGAAUAAGUAAUAACCAAAUGAACAAAUAAACGAUGUAAAUUACACCAAUAACAAGAGUUAGCACAUCUGGCUGUUGCAGGGGGAGAGAUAGAUUUUUACUAUUUUUCUUUUUCUUUUUGCUAUGCCUCUGCAGGUCUUUAUAUUUGACAUUGGUGGGCAGGCCUGGAAAUUUUAUGACUGGUCACAUAUUACUACAGUGGCGAUUUUCGGAAAAUACGACCCUGAGCUUAUGUGUUACGCCCAUUCAAGAGGAGCCAGAGUUGUUUUAAAAGGUACGUUCUGCAGAGAACAUUUUGGUGUAUCGUCAGCAUCUUGUAUGCGUUUUCUCAUACGUAAUCUCCACUGAGUUACUCCUGUUAAGUGUGCACAGGAGCGCAACCUUAAUAAUUAUAUGAGAAUAUUGUGAUUGUGUGAAAGUAAGCUUGCACUGUCAACUUGCACCACCAGUCUCAGGACACACUAGCAAUCUCCAUUAUGUUAAGCUGCUUCAAGCACAAAGGGAUGAUGGACCGAUCAGUUUGUCUUUGGGGGAACUCUCUUUUGAAAUUUGCUGGCUUUAGAUUCAUGCAUACUAAGAAGUGUAAAGCAUGCAUGAUUCUCCUCCCAUCAUCCCUAGUUCUAGACUCAUUUACACAGAAGAUAAAGUGCCGAUUGUUUCAGGAGAACUUCUAUGUAAGCUCUGUUAAAUGGUUGUGUAAUUGAUCAUGAGACUUCGUGUAAUAUCCUGUACUGUUGUCAUACUGUGGACAGCCAAGGAUAAAAGGGGAUGUAACUGCUUGAGCACAUGCUGCCAGGCAAGAACACAAAUGUGUCGCUCCAGAAAACCAUGGUCUGGAUGUAAAGUCUGGAAGCUAUGGUGUUUCUAUUUACAUUUAACGUGCUUUUUUUAAACACCCACCCACACACCAAAGAACAGUGUUGCAUUUAUUUUGAGAAAGAAGCACACUUGCAUAUCUUCAAACUGGUAGCAUACUCCCAAUCUAGAUCAGGGUCCCAUACAGAUCUCCUGCCACGAAAUCUCCUGUGGCUGCUAUUUGUCGCCAGCACCAGAGGUGCUGUUUACUGCAAAUAGCAUCUUCACAGGCACAUGCCAGCCAGGAGACUAGGGACCCAUACAACUGCUUUCCCUUCAAAAUAAAAGUGGUAGCAUUAAGCGCACUUUUUUUAAAAAAAGUGUGCUGGAUGUAACAUGUAGUUUAUGUAACAUGUAGCUUACUCCUUGGGCCCCACUACAUAGUGUAAAUUGUUAGUGUAAGCUCUGGCACACAUUGGGGUUAACUACAUCAAGUAAUUGGGAACAAGAAUCUGGAUCACAAAAGAUGGAGGAUACAACUCAGUUUUAUUCAGCAGUAAAUCAACAAGCCAAUCCAGUGGUGUCAGCAACAGUAUACAGUGGUACCUCGGGUUAAGAACUUAAUUCGUUCUGGAGGUCCGUUCUUAACCUGAAACUUUUCUUAACCUGAAGCACCACCUUAGUUAAUGGGGCCUCCUGCUGUCGCUGCGCCACCGCUGCGCGGUUUCUGUUCUCAUCCUGAAGCAAAGUUCUUAACCCGAGGUAAUAUUUCUGGGUUAACGGAGUCUGUAACCUGAAGCGUAUGUAACCUGAAGCGUGUGUAACCCAAGGUACCACUGUAAUAAGUUUAGUACAACAAUAUACGUGCGUUCACAAAAGUUCAGCAAUAUAUCUUGUGACUAGAUUUAGUUCUUAAGCAACUUCUGAAGAAGUUUCUAAAUGCUUUUUUAAUUUCUUGUUUCGCUUUCUCCUUUCCUUUAUGAACAUUGGUGUUCAGGCCCUCUCUUCUUGCUAAUAUCCAUAGCCCACUGCUAAUCACAUAAUCCACUUCAGCAGGUGUUCACACAAACCCUGAUCUGCUGAUGAAGGCUUUUUGCCCCAGGAUGUGUACAAAGAGCUCUGGGUGGAUAGAUUGGGAUAGUUAUGAAGUAAGGGAUUAGGGCUCCAAUCCUAAACAUAGCCUAUCACAAAGUAAGCCCCCUUGAGUUAAGUGGAAUAUACUGCUAUAUAUUGAGUGAUAUUUAAUAUCACGGUAGUCUAAAAUGUUUCUUGUCCCUUCUAGCAAUUCAAGCCUGGCACUUAAUCACAUUUUCUUAUUUAGGAGACAUAUCUGUGAAGUCAAUUGUUGACCCUGCUGUCAGAGCAGCCUGGAUAAAACAAAAAGUGGAUCUGGCCAAAAGACAGCAUCUGGAUGGAAUCAAUAUAGACAUUGAACAGGAGGUUGCAAAGUCUUCACCUGAAUACUAUGCGUUAACAGAUUUGGUUAAAGAAACAACAGAAGCUUUUCACAGAGAAAUUCCAGGAUCACAGGUAAAAAAAUAAAGCAGAGAUUACUCUUACACAAAUAUGAAUUCAAUUCCGCAUCAGCCAAAUUCCAUUGAUUCAUCUCAGUGCAUGACAUUAAACACUCUUUUUUUUGACACCAUUUACUGUUGUGAGCACAAAUUUUGGUAUUGGAUAUUGAUAGCAGGCACAGCUAUUCCAUUAAGUGUCAGCCCAGCAACAAAAAAAUAGUAAUAGGCCAGGAAUAAUAAUAAUAAUAAUAAUAAUAAUAAUAAUAAUAAAUAAAUUAAAUAAAUUAAAUAAAUUAAAUAAAUUAAAUAAAUAAUUUUAUUAUUUAUAUCCCACCCAUCUGGCUGGUUUGCCCCAGCCACUCUGGACAGUUUCCAACACAUAUAAAAACAUAAUAAAAUAUCAAACAUUAAUGAUAACAAUCUGAUCCAAUAUAAAACGUCACAAUAACUUUUAAAUAAACAAAUUUAGGAUCUUAUACCUUGUUGCUAAGUAUACACAGAUGAUGCUGUGGUUGUGUCUCCAAACAUUCCAAGAAAUUAACAUGAGUCAGUUAGGGCCUUAAUUUUGAUAGGUUCACCCUGAGUAAAGCAAAGUUGAAGAACACACUAUACGCAGUCUUGAAAUGAAUUGCAAAUUGUGUAUAAUGUACUAAGAAUAUCCAUUCAGAGAUAGAUGUGUGUUUUUAUUUCCCCCCACAGGUGACUUUUGAUGUAGCCUGGUCUCCAGAUUGCAUAGACAAACGAUGUUACAACUACACCGGGAUUGCAGAGUCUUGUGAUUUCGUAUUUGUUAUGUCUUACGAUGAACAGAGUCAGGUGUGGUCAGAAUGCAUAGCCAGAGCCAAUGCUCCAUAUAACCACACCAUAAUGGGUAAGAACCAAAUAUAUAAUAUUUCCAAAAACGUUGAAGCCAUGGAAAUUUGUUCCCACUUUCUUCCCCCCAAGGAAGAAAGCAAGUAAUAAAAAAAAUUGGGGGAGAGGGGGUUGAAAAAUGGAGAUCUGAAGCAGGCAAGAGGAUUUAAGAAUUGUAACAUUUGAUAUAUGAUUGUUCUAGUUGAAUUUCAGAUGGUUGGAUAUAAUAUUAUUAUUUUUGUUAUUUAAUUAGAAUAUGAAAAAUACAUUCACAUGGGCAUUAAUCCAAAGAAGAUUGUGAUGGGCGUUCCAUGGUAUGGCUAUGAUUAUACCUGUCUAGGCUUAAUUAAGGUAAGAGAAAGAUAGCUGAUUUAUUUAUUUAUUUAUUUAUUAUUUAAAACAACUUCUAUUUAUUAUUUAAAAUGCUUACAGAGAUACAUAAUAUAUAAUGUUAUAACUUUCAUAUUACAAUAACAUAAAUAAAUUAUACGGAUAUAUGUUUUCCUUAGAAUCAUUAUUCAAAACAAUAGCAGUGCCAAAUGUUCUUUAUAAAAACCUGCUUAUUUGCAUGUUAUUUUCUCUUCUAAUACAAGUUCUGAUAAUGUUUCAAUGUCCCAAAUAUUUUCAAACCCAUUUUGAGACUGGAGAUGCAGUGCUCUUUGUCUAAGCUUUUGCAAUACUUAUUUUUUACAGUAAAGUAGCCAAUAAGGUAAUAGCUAACAUCUAUGUUUUGUUCACUGUUGUCUCUGAAGUUUAAUUCAGGGGCAUGGAUUAUAGACUGUUCCCUUUUUUUAACACAUCUGUGUAACAGAAGUUGCUUUUGUUUAGGCCCAUGUUUGUUCAAUCGCAAAAGUUCCUUUCCGAGGGGCUCCAUGCAGUGACGCAGCAGGACGUCAGCGCCCAUAUAAAGUAAUCAUGGAUCUGGUAAACAGUUCUAUUUCUGGGAUCCUGUGGGAUGAGGAACAGGAAGCCCCAUAUUUAGAAUACAAGGUGAGUUGUUAAAAGACUUGCUUCCUGAAAUGUAUUUCUUUUAUAAGAAUAUAAAUUGUACAAGUACACCAGAAUCAGAUAGUAGGUGUGUUGAUCCAUUAAGGAAAAAAACCCCAGUGUCACAAAGUGAUGAACAUGCUUUUGAGUUUGCCGGAACUCUUCAGGGAGCAACGUGCUGAACAAAUUAAAAGCUGGGGUGGGAGUGAGUUGGAGAAAGAGAAAAAGUAGGUGAUGGUUGUUUUGUCCCUCAUAUCUAUGAUUAAGAUAGAGAGAGUAGCAGGCAUCAUGAAGACAUAGCUGGAAUAGCCACAUUUGAAUGCAAGACAGAUUACAAGAUGCAUUUUAAAAAAUUCCUCUCCCUGGCCACUUCACCCCACAAACUCUCCACUUGGAUGUGCAUGGAUAUACAAAACGAAACUUGGGCGAACUUGUUAUGUAUUGAAGUUCUCACCCUGGCCACCAGGAGUAUUGUGUAGAUAGUUUUCACACAGGUCCACGUCAGUUGUUUUAGGCGGGAAACCCUGGGUUGUUGUUGCUACAAUGUUGAUAGCCGGCUGCCUAUAAAAGCAGGCUGGCUGAGCUGUUUGCUGUUCAGUUCAGUUCUGUUCUGGCCUGUGAAUAAACAAGAGCUGUUUGAAGAAAUCGCUGCGUCGUCUGCUAUGUUUACCCACUAUUUAACAGAAGUUAUCAUGGUUUUCAUCUUCUAAAGAUGGGGGCGGAGCCCAUAUAGUAAAAAAAAUAAAACAACAGGACAUAUGUUGCCUAGAAAACGAAAUAUAACAGGGGAGGCACCAAGCGGAUCUCUGUUGGAAGGAGUUUUAUAACUGAGGCAUAACUGGAGAAAUGUUCCUCUAAUUGCUCACCACCCAUCUAAAGUGAAAGCAGUUGCCUCUAAUGAUGAUUUCAGCUGCUGGGCAAACACUGCUGGAAAGAUGCAGUCUUUCAGGGACCCUGAUCUCAGACCAUUUACGACUUUUUAAAAUUGUGCCCAGAAGCAAACUUGGAUCUAGUGAAGCUCUUUAAGUAUAGGGGUGAAAAUGCUAAUACCAACCAGCAUCUCUCAACAACCUAGUUGCUGUAUUCUGCACCAACUGGUUUCUGAUUUUUUUCUAAAAGCAGAAGCUAUAACGUGUUGCGUUAAUCAAGCAUGGAUAUUCCUGAUGAAAUGGGUACCUGUCAUGUCUUGGCUGAAGGCUUCAUAUAUGGGAAAAGUAGACUUGCAGGCUUUGCAAAUAAUUAUUGGAAACAUAAACAGUAAGCAGACAUAUUAUUAACCAGUACUCUGUGUAACAUCUUGUCAAUAACCAAUCAUUUUAUAUAGCGUUUAAAAUUUGCAACGGGCUUCCUCUUGCUUUGCCUCACGGUAACACUUUGAGGCAUGUGCCCAUUAGCUCCAUUUUUCAAAGGCCGAGAGAAGUUGUUUUGUCUGAGUAUAUGCAAAGGAGCAUUUGGCAGAGACUUGAGUUCGGCUCUCUUGGAUCCAAGUGCAAAAACCUCUCAUCAUCAAGCUUACUUUGCAGGAGGCAUAUUAAUGCAUUCUCUUUGUUUCACUGUUUUGUAGGACGAACAUGGCGUUUUUCAUCAAGUGUGGUUUGACAAUCCCAGGAGCAUUUCUCUGAAGGCAGCCUAUGUGAAAAAACUUGGCUUAAGGGGUAUUGGCAUGUGGAACGCGGAUUGCCUUAACUACUCAGGUGGCUCCUUAGCACAAGAGCAAACAGCAGCAAUGUGGGCAGCCUUGAUACCAAAGUGACUAAAGCAGAGUGUGUAGUUUGCCUGUUAGGUGUCAUUAUUUUCAAUUUUAAUGCAUUUUUACAUACAGAUAUAAUUAGUUUUAAUUAUCUGGUUUUUAUUUUUUCAAUUCUAAUACAUCUUUAUCAACAAAUAAAAUUAAAUACCUGCUUUAUAUUUUGUUCAGCAUUAAUAAAUAAUGUUUUAAGUACCUU